AUGCACGUGCUGUGCCACAGCUUCCUUGAGACCUACAAAACGCCAGAGGCGCUUGCGAGAGACACGGAAUGGUGGUCGAAAAAGGCUCUCUGCCUGCAUGCAGCUCACACAGAAGGCAAACCGCAUACACACAUCCCUGGCGAUGCGCCCUCUGCAGCGGUGGCGGGGUGGGGCGAGUUCAUGAGGCACAUGACUGAGGUGGUUGAAUCGACUCACCACAUCACCGCGGCGCGGCGGCAGGAGAACGUCAUAACAGCGCUCUCGCUGUCGCCAAUGCGGAGGGUGGAUGCGUCGGGAGAGGUGAAUGUCCUGCAGUUGAGCAGGGACGUGCCGAAUGGCGCAUGGGAAAGCCUCGAGAUCCUCGACAGUUCGCCAUACGAGGGUGGAGCCGCUGCCGCCAUGCACCGUGACGAGGAGUGCCUGCGCGUGUUGGAGGCUUCCAUACGGCGUCCCGCCGACCACCGUGAUGAGGAAGCGGGGCAGCUUGAUAGCCUGCGGUACUUGCUGAAGCACCGCCCGGAGCUCAUCGUUCAACACGAGAACUUUGCUGAUCUCCAACAAGCGGUCAUCGACCGCGCUUGCCUGAGCGAGGAGAGCGGUUGGACGGAGGCAGCUUUGUCGCUCUUCCAGGCACUCUCUUCCCGGGCCCAGCUCGAGUUUGUGCAUGCCGUAAUUUCCGCGGUGAGUGCACUGGGUCACACUGGCGAGUCACCUGGUCUGCUCCUCGUAGGCUUCCUGCAUCGCCUUCUUGUAGAGCUGCCACAGGGCUGGCUACCUCUGCUAGACUACGAAGUGACGGAGGUCUUUGUGCGCGUGCUGGGGGAUGUGGUUGUGCCUUUCGGUAGGCUGCUCAGCGAGGUAGACCCUUGCGCCAUGUGGCUGGAGCAGUGGUCGGCGCGACCUUCAUUGGCUCUCUCGUUGGAUGCUGUUCUUCACUCGCAUCGGUCUUUUGUAGAUCAUCUCGCCGCGCAGCUGCCCUCUCCCCACGCGGCCUGCGUGCUGCUGUGCCUGCUCCCACAGCUGAGUAAAUGCACCGAGGCCCCGGACCCCUCUACACCGUCGUCGCAGAAACCGUGGCAGGACCUGUUUCGCACGCUUGUACAGCUUCUCUGCGGUGGGGUUUGGCUGGACGCUGGCGUGUACGAAAUCGGGGCUCAUGCCUUGUGCCGCUGUGCUGAAGCGCUGUCUCCGGCAGACAAGGCGAGCUGCUUUGAGGUGGCCUCGAAGACGGUGCUCGACUGGGCUCCGGCGGUGGCGUCGCUAGCGUAUGAUGCGCAGUUUGCUUUUGCUCUGCGCCUUCUGGCCACGCUGCUCACGGGCGUCAAUGAUAAAGCGAUGUGGUGCAGCCCGCACGCAUGGGGGGUGGUGGACGGCCCACUCUUUGCGCAGUCUCGUGCGUUGCUGCUGACGCGCAAGGGGCGACCGCCGUCAUCGUACGCGCUCUUCCGCGCUCUCCCCCUUGAUGUGUCGGACGUCGUGUACGAAUGCUGGACACGGUUACUUCAGGUACGCAGCUCAAAGCUGCCGAGCGCCUUUGCAGCCGUCUUAAAGGACGUGUGCGGCGGCGGAAGUGCUUUUCGGUGGACUGAGGUGGUCUGGGUGUCUACUACGCUAGCCGGAUGGGCCGCUCUGCAGCCGUACCUGCAGACCAUGAAAGAGGACAUUAUCCACCCUUCGGCACGCUGGGCGGAGCUUCUCCACGCUAUUGUCGAGGUCGGUGGGGGUACCUUUGACACCACGUCGGAGAUGUGGGCCGCCUCGGCCACAGAGACCUGCACAUCAGCCAAGAAAGUGUCGCGUACGCCUGGUUGUCUGCGUUCCCUUACCCCGUACGGCGUGGCACUACUGCUCCGCUGGUCUACCUGCGCGGUGGCUCGCGAUGGGUUGGCGAGGGCUGCGCGUGACGCCUCACUUGCCUUUCUUCAAGACAGUCCGCACGCAGCGGGGAGGCGCAUACGGUGGCCGCUUCUCUGGCCUGUGGAGGCGUAUCCGCAAGUGGGCUGGUCAGAUUUGUCCUUCACCGAAGACUCGUUCGGUGUCGCACGUACCAUCCGCGCCGGCACCUGCUACCAGUCCAUCCACCUCCUCCUCGGAUCGACAGCUUUGCCCGCCGACGAUGGCGUUACUGGCAGUGACCCAGGUGAGGAGCUGCUUGAAGAGGUUUGGGAGCAGCUCGCCGAGCUCUGGCUGGCUCCGGCACAACUCACUCCAGACUCCGCCGGCAACGCCGUUUCGUCUGUCGUGCCGGCGAACCGCCCGCCCUUCGGAGAAGAUUCCCUUCUAACGUUGCUCUCUGUCAUGGCACUGUGUGUGCUCACGCAGUCCUCUGCGGAGUUCCGGGCGUGGUUCGACCCAGCCGUGGCACAGCAGCGCAUACGCCAGCUGCGCCGGCUGUGCGAGGAGCGUCGUGGGGUGGACCCUAUAUACUUCAUGGUGCGCUUCAUCACCUCCGGCAAGGGCCGCAAGCGACUACCAGCGAUUUUGCUGAACGGCUUCGAGGCGGAGCUGACAGUCGACACGGUGUGCGACGUAGACGGCUUCGCGGAAGGCGAAGCUCUGCCGACAGGCAGCAUUGCCACCGCUGUCCCAGAGGAGGAAGUCCGACAGCUGCAGGCAAUGAUUCUCCGCUUGUCGUCGAACCACGGUCCUCCCUUAUUCGAGGCAAAGGCUCCUGUCGUGUUGUCAUCACCCCUGUCUGAGGCGCUGAUGACGGUCGCUCGAAUCCUGCUGGUGAACCAGACGGCGCUUCGAGUCACACGGCAAGGCGUAGCGCAGUGCCUGGCGCGACGCAGCGCUGAGGAGUGGGCAUCGUAUGCCGACACUGAGGCUCGUGUGCUGGCGGUGUGUGCACAGUUGGAACAGCAGCACUCUGCGAGCAUCGCAUUGCUGUCCAGCGCUCAGGUGGACAUGGUGUUUCUCGUGACGCUGUGUCUGCGCUGCUGGGUAGGUCUCCCGACGACACACAGUACGCCUGCGCGGCGCAAGCUCUACUGGACAGCUCUGCAGUAUUUCAGCGAGCACGGCACUGCGGCGUAUGAUGCGCUGCUUGCGCGCAGCAUUGCCUUGCAUGUUGAGAGGGCGCUGCGUGAGAGUGCCGCCUUCGUGAAGGACGCCGUGUUGUUUCCGGUGUCAAGCUCGGUGCCGCUGCCCUCCGCCCUCUUUGUGCACUUGCUGAUGCGUCCCUUUGCCCUGGCGAUGAGCUGA